AUGGGCUGCUACUUGUCAUGGGGAUGCGUGUUCUUGGUCGUGUGUGUUGUGCACUCCAUGUUUCUGAGUUCUUCAGGCUGUUUCAUGGAGGAAAGGGCGGCCCUCAUGGAGAUUAGCUCUUGGUUCAUGAGCGCAAAGUCCGAGGUUCCCAGUUCGUGGGGACACGGUGAUGACUGUUGCUCGUGGGAAAGGAUCACGUGCGACAAUAGCACGCGGCGAAUAUUGCGUCUCGACCUUCACUAUAUCUACCAGUCAAUCCCUAUCCAUAAUAGUGAUGGCUCUACAUCAAUUGGACCUAUGGAAGCUGCAUGCUGGAACUUGAACUUGGCAAUCUUUUCUUCGUUUCGAGAGCUUCAGCUGUUGGAUUUCUCUCGAAAUUUCGCUUGUUUACAAAAUUUCGACGGUCUCCAAGGAUUGAGUAAGCUCAAGUAUCUCAACCUCAGUGAUAACACUUUCAUAGGGAGUAUCCCAGGAUCAGUCAGUAAAUUAGUUUCACUGGAGGUCAUAAAUCUCAGCAAAAAUAACAUGAGUGGGGCGCUAGAGAAUACAGGUUUAAAAAAUCUCCUGAAUCUGCGAGGAUUGCAUUUUGGAUCCAAUCAAUUGAGUGGUAGCCUCCCAGCAUCCAUAUUUGCACUUUCAUGCCUUGAGUACCUGGAUCUUUCAGAAAACCUCUUUCAAGGAUAUAUACCUAUAAACUCUUCUUGGAAGUGUCCUUCGUCGCUUCAAACUAUCAGGUUAUCUGAAAAUAUGCUAAGCGGUAAAUUCGAUUUCUUCUGGCUGAGAAACUGUACCAACCUCAAACACAUAGAUCUCUCCAGGAAUACUGAUUUGGUUAUUCAAACGAAACUGCAUGGUUGGGUACCCAAAUUUGAAUUGAAAGCACUAAUUCUCUCUUGGUGUAACCUUGAUAAAAGCAUGCUUACAGAGCCACAUUUCCUACGCACACAGCAUCAUCUCGAAUUUCUUGAUUUGUCCAACAAUGAUUUGCCAGGAAGCAUGCCCAAUUUUCUGUUCACAAAUGAAGCGACACUAGUUUACCUAGAUCUUUCAAAUAACUCAUUAGUUGGAUCACUAUACCCUAUUUGGCAAAACCAAACUGAUCUUCUAGUAGUGAACAUAUCUCUGAACCGUAUUGAAGGACAGCUGCCGGCCAAUAUCAGUUCAAUGUUUCCCAAUCUGUGGAUUCUCGAUGUUUCUCAUAAUAAUAUGUCUGGAGUUGUGCCAUCUUCGUUGUGCACCAUCGGCAGGAUUGAAAUCAUGGACCUAUCAAAUAACAACUUUGUAGGACAGGUACCAUCUUGCUUGUUCACGAACUGUUCUGCAUUGAAUAUAUUGAAGCUCUCAAACAAUAAUCUCGGGGGCAUGAUACUUGACGGGGCUAGUAACUUGUCAUUUGUGUUGGAAAUAUACCUAGACAACAACAAAUUUGAAGGGACUCUUCCUAGAAAUCUGUCUGGUAAUGUCCGAGUCAUGGAUCUACAUGGUAACAAGAUGUCCGGAGAACUAGACAUUUCAUUAUGGAAUCUUCCUUUAUUGGAAGCUUUGAGCCUUGCUAGAAAUAGUUUAAGUGGUUACAUUCAUCCCGAAAUUUGUAAAUUAACAAAUCUCCGACUGCUAGAUCUAUCUGAAAACUAUUUUUUCGGGCUUAUACCACACUGCAGCAGUACAUUACCACUCCGAUUUCUGAGUAUAUCUGGGAAUUCACUGUCAGGCACCCCGGAUGCAUUUUUCAACAGCUCCUUCAUUACAGCUUUGGAUCUCAGCCGUAAUCAGUUCACAGGCAACCUUGAGUGGGCACGAUAUCUUUCUGAAAUCAAUCUACUUUUGUUAGGCAGAAAUGAGUUUGAGGGACAGAUCUCUUCAAAUAUAUGUUGUCUCCAACACUUGAGUAUAAUUGACAUCUCUCACAACAGACUCUCAGGUUCUGUACCACCGUGUCUUGGUGGCAUUCCAUUUGAAGACCCCGAAGCUUAUGAAUACUUUUGGCCGACAACCAGUGGUAAUGUAUUUGGAGGUUGGUUUGGUGCGUUUGAAGAUUUGGGCUUCUCAUAUAACAGCCAUUAUGUCCUCGGAGGUUUCACCUUCACAACUAAAGGGAUUCCAUACACAUAUGGACGUAACUUCUUCAUGUCGAUGUCUGGCAUUGACUUAUCAGCAAACAUGUUGUCAGGUGAAAUUCCAUGGGAGAUAGGGAAUUUAAGCCAUAUCAAGUCUCUCAAUCUGUCAAAUAAUUUAUUGACUGGACCAAUUCCUGCAAGCUUUGCAAAUAUGAGUGAGAUCGAAAGUUUAGAUCUAUCAGGAAACAGGUUGAAUGGAUUGAUACCAUGGCAGUUAACUCGGCUAUCAUCACUAGGUAUGUUCUCUGUGGCGUACAACAACUUAUCGGGAUGUCUACCAGCCACCGGUCAGUUGAGCACAUUUGAUAUUGACAGCUACAGAGGGAACAAAAACCUUAGAUCAUGCAAUUCUAGUUCAGGCCCCGUGGCAUGGAAGGACAUGGCAGGAAAUGCGCCAGAUGAUUCGGACCCAAUACUGUACAUAAUAAGUGCCAUCUCGUUCGUGUUGGCAUUUUGGUUCACUGUCACAUUUGUAUUUUGUCAUUCCUUCGGACAGCGUGUUGUACUCAAACUGUAA